UUUGUUCCGUUCAACAUCAUCAUCAUCAGUUUAACAUUCAUAUACAUACGAAUCUUCCAACAUGCGUGGUAUCAGCUAUUUGAAUAAUAAGUACUCAUCACCAUCUCCAUUCCAAUCUCAUUCGUAUGAUGCUAAUAACAUGCCGCCAUCAUCAUCUGUAAUUAGCAGAAUAAGUCCACUCAUUCUGUUAGUUAUAAUAGUCUUAGCAGUUAUCUUCUUCGCUUAUGGCCUUGUCCACUUGAUUCUAUGGUUCUUCAUCAAAAUCCUAUCAUCAUCCUCGUCGUCUUCGUUGUUGUCGCCGUCUACUCUCUACUACUCUAACAGGUUCCAAGAAUCAUCGAGGCGCUCCCGCGCGAUUCGGAGACAGCUUCACCAUCUCUUCCGAAUGCACGAUUCGGGACUAGAACAAUCCACCAUUGAUGCUCUCCCAGUGUUCUACUACCAAGAAUUGUUGGGGCUAAAAGAACCAUUUGAUUGUGCAGUGUGCCUCUGCGAAUUCUCUGCGAACGAGAAGCUGAGGUUGGUUCCAAUUUGCAGCCAUGCAUUUCACAUGAACUGCCUCGACACAUGGCUUCUCUCAAGCUCUACAUGUCCUCUCUGUAGAGCAAAUCUCUCUAGCUCUAUCGUGAAUCAGAAUCAGAAUCCAGUUCGUGUUGUUGAGGAAGAGAAUAAGAAUGGUGGUGAAGGGAGUGAAGAGGAAGACGAAGGUGGUGGUGGGAGGAAAAGGGUGUUUUGUGUGAGACUUGGGAAACUGAGGAACAGUGAAUUGAUUGAGCGAGAAGAGAGUAGUAGUAGUAGUAUUGGGUUGGAUGGGAGAAGAUGCUACUCAAUGGGUUCAUAUGAGUAUGUGGUUAGAGAAUCGAAUCUGAAAGUGGAAGUGGUGUUAUCAUCUCAGUCUCUUCAUGUUGGUGGUGAAGAACAAGAAGAAGAAGAUGAUGAUGAUGGAAAGAAGAUAGGGAAGAAGAGAACAAGAGGUGAGAGCUUCUCAGUUUCAAAGAUUUGGCUAUGGUCCAACAAGAUCAAAUAUAAUCAUCAUAGAUCCAAUAAUGCAGAUGCAGAUUUUCCUUUGUCACCAAUAACAAAGAAAGCACUAUUAAUCUAA